CUUCGACUUCGGAUAUAAAACGCCAUUUCUUAUACAUGUUGCUUCUCAGUUCGUCGGAAACAUCGGAUGUGCUGGCAGUGCUUUAGUGCGCAAUGCAGAUUCUGAAAGUGUUACUGGUAGUGCUGGUCGUGGUAAACCUGACCACCGGGCUUUUCUUCCCGAAGAAGAAAACAGUGUACGUACAUCAUCCUCCACCGGUGUAUCAACAGCCCGCUGUACAACAGCAUACCUACAGUUAUUACUAUCAACCGAUUCCGUACUACUACUAUGAACCUGUUCCCGUUGUCCCAGUCGUCCCUGUUGCCCCUGUUGCCCCUGCUAAGCCCAGUGUCCCUCCUACCCACCCUCCGGUGGUUGUCCGACCGGUACCGUGCACGAAACCAUCGCACCUAACGCAUCUGUCCAGGAAGCAGGCACUGCCCGUUUUCGAACCAGUAAAAUUCACCGGCAAAACGAAGAAUGUAGAGAUCGUACCAUCAAUGGGAUUCCAUAUGGGGACAAAAACUGAUGUCAUAGAGGUGUAUAAAUCCCCAGGCAAAUACAUUCAGCUGCCCCCGGAAACCGUUACAAACACUGAUACCAAGCGUGUGCCCAAUCGUCGUACGAAAACGUCCAAACCAAGCGCGAGACCAAGCGCGAAACCAAGCGCGAGACCAGGCGCGAGACUAACCGGGAGACCAACCAAACUCACCGCAAAGGUUGGUGGUAAAAAGAAAAGCCCAGUAAAGACAACUACAAUCCAGUUGAGUGGCGAUUCUGCAAAUUCCAACGCCGCAGCCACGGUAGUGCCUAGAGCGGCACCUUCCUUGGUUGAUACUGCUUCUACAGGAUUCAUCGACCAAAACUCUCAAGCCAUUGAAAGUGCUCCUCUCGCUAUCGACGUAAGAACGGUUGGUGAUGACUUUAAGCUGGAGGGAGUUACUUUACCGGUGAACGGGGAAUUCUCAGCCGCCGAAAAUGCAUUUACUACCGUACCAUUCGAUGCUCCGCUUCCCGAUGGGUUGCUGAACGCGAAAGUCUUGGAGCAGGGCAGUGCCUCUAUAGCAACCAGCGGGUUGGCAGACGAGUCAAACUCAGCACCUGUGGAUGCACUUACAUUUCCCGAAGUUCAGCAACUACUUAAUGAGCUUUUAAAGCACGAGGAGUUUGAUGAAAAACGGCUUGAAAGGGCAGGCCGUUCUACCGAUGACGCUGAAUCGACGAAGACGGUAGAAAUAGAUCCUCAGGUCAGCUAUAGCCGAGUAGUGCGCCAGUAAAACUUCACGCAUAUAUUUAGCUUGUCAGCAAUGAUGAAGAAACGGCGAAUGGAAACAGGGAAAAUGUCCUGCGAUGCAGGUACAACACAGCAGACAGCGUAUAAAUUGAUUAUGGUCAGCUAAAAUGCUCCAAAAAACAAAACAAAAAAACGCAUUCACAGGAGGUAACUCUAAGCUGCAUACGCCAUUCAUGUACAUUUCCGCAUGUUAUUAACAAUAAUGGUAUGAUACUUUAUACUCUUGCCGCAUUAAGUAUUAGACUCCUUAUCAUAUGUAUAUAUGAAGGUGAUCGAUAGUGUAGGUGAGUCGGCUAGUCAAUAGUAGCAGAUCUGUUAUCAUGAUUUUUGACAACAUGCGAGAAUGGAAUAGCUAUAUGCAAUACUAAGAAUGGUGGAUGGUAGUCGGUAGAUGACGUUUAGUGAUAUCUCUUUCCGAUGGACGCUCUUUUGGAGAGAUGGAGCGUUCUUACUAAAAAAUAACUAUACGAGCACGUGUUUCUGGGAAAUAAAACCAAAUCAAUACAGAGAUACAGCAACAAAAAAAAAACAAUGUUCUAAUAAAUAAGAUGUUGUACAAAUACACGCAUUUACAUAUUGUUGUAU